UGAAAAUAUUUGCAUUUAACUAUCAAUAGAUAACAUCAAUAAUCAAAAUACAACAUUAAGGCCGUUAUUGUUAUUAAAUAAUGAGCAAGGCACCUUUAGUUUACGUGUUACCGAAACCCCGGUUGACAAGGCAAAUCAAAUCGAACACCCCCUUGCAUUUGAAGUUGGGAGUAGGAAUGUGCUCGUGCUCUCCGAGCAGCGAAUGAAAAACAACAUGGACGACCAGCGGGACGUUCAAAAUCCCAAACCAAACACAAGCGCCAGCCUCGUCAUGUCGCCCACUUCCGCGGUGGCCAUGGAGAUUAAAAGGAAGAAAAUACGACAGAGUGAAUUAUUCCAGCAAACAGAGCAUUCAAGAGAAGCUGGACUUUGAGGUGCGAAUGCGAGAGGGCGCCUACAAGCUGCUGCUGGCCUGCAGUAAGAGAGAACAGAUCCUCAACGCCUCCAAGAACCUGCUGACCUGCAACGCCAGGAUCAAGGCAUACACCGGUCACAUGCAGAAGAUGCACGAGGAGCACGAUGUGACAGGAGUCAGCAGUCUCAGUGUUUGCAGGCAUUCAGAGGAGCGUGUGCCAUGUAGAGGAACGAUUGCUCUGUCUGGACUUCGUAUUCCAUUGAUGUGGAAGGAUCAGGAUCACUUUAACAACCGAGGAAGCUCGCGGCGGGUGGCCAUCUUCUGCGUGAUGCAGAUGGACUGCCAGGUGUUUGACACCAAGAUGGCGGUGGUGGACCGAUCCAUCACGGACGUCUGCUUCGACGAAGUAACCAUCUUUAAAGAUGCAGUUCCCGGGUUUAAGCUGCGGGUGGCGCUGUGGAGCUGCGCCGUGGAGGAGGAGCUCACCUUGGUCAAGACGCCAAAGAAGCUGGCCAAGAAGCUCCGGAAUUCCUUCGGGAAGACGGCCGGGAAGAAGCUCUGCCCUCUGCUGGAUACUCCAGAUCCUGACACGUUCCUGCAGUAUAACCCGGUGCCCGCAGGAGCCAAGUACAACCUCCUGGCCUACUCCACCAUGAGACUCCCCGAGGCUGAAGGCAGCUUUCAAUCCCACUCACUGGUCGUGCUCCAAAAUUCUGAUUGGUCGUCGUGGCUUCCGCUUUACGGCAACCUGUGUUGCCGUUUGGUGGCCCAGCCUGCGUGUAUGACGCAAAGCGUGAUGGCCGGUAACCUCAACCGGAAGCAAAGUGUGGAAGGCCUGGAGCGCCGCUGCAGCCUCUACUGCGUCCUGAGCGCCGCCACCUUGUCGUGCUACUUCAGCCCGGAGGAGAUUGAUGCCAAAGUGCGGCCGGCGCUCCGCCUGCCAGUCAGCAAGGACACCCGCAUCCAAGUGAUGGAAAAGGAGUCGGGAGGAAGGAAGUCCAAGAGUCUGUCCAUCAUCAACCCUUCGCCAGAGGGAACGCAGACCGAGGUCUUUACAUCAGACACCAGGGAGGAGCUGGACCAGUGGCAGGAAGCGCUGCAUCAGCACCUCUAUGAUCAGAGUCAGUGGCUGCACUGCUGCGAGCAGCUCAUGGAAAUCGAGGUGGCGUCGCCACGGAAACCAUCGCUCUUCCUCACUAAGCAAGCAGACUCUGUUUACAACGAGCUCAGUAUCAAUUCUCCGGGCAAGUUCGAAAGCAUCACCGACAUCAUCCACAGCAAGAUCGAGGAGACCGACGGCUGCUUCCUGAUUGGCCACGAGGAGGCGAGGGUGCUUCCUAAUUGGUCGACUCUGUUUGAUGGUUCCCAAUCGUUGGUAGUGCAGAAGACGCCGACGACUACUAAUGUUCUGUCCCAGAAUCAAAUCUGCACCCCGUGUUCGAGCCCCAGGACCUGCUCCAGCUCCACGCCCAACAGCGGCAAGAAACGGCGUGCCCCGCUUCCUCCCACGAGCCCCUACGCUGCUCCUCCUCCUCCUCCUCCUCGCCCCGGCAGACCUCCUCGUCCUCCGCCUCUCUCACAUUCGGAGAAGGAAAACACUUCGCGGGCGAAAUCCAAAACGGGAAGACCGUCCCUGGACGCCAAAUUCUCCGCCAUCAUCCAGCAGCUGCAGCACAACAACAAAUACGGAGGGGGCGGAGCUCCGGCACUGGGCCGCAAGAACGCCCCGCUCGCUCAGGUUGAAGUCGGCGAAGUUGCCGCACCGAGGAGCAAUCUGAGGAAAUCGUUCAGAGAGAGGAUGAACUUCAAAGCCAACAUGUAACACUGAAUUGUAAUGAAUACAGAUUACUCUGUCGAUCGGGCCCCCAGGAGGACAUUUUGUGGUCGUUUGACUUUUUCUACUGUGAAUUCGAUAACGGCUAGGACACACUUCACAUUCGACGUGAAACUAGCGUGAGGCCAGUUAGCUUAGCGUAGCAUGAAGAUGCCACCACUCGAAGUAGUCUUGGGCAAAACGUUUGUGCUCAAACCAGGACCACAUUUCAUUUUAAAAAAAGAGAAAAAUAGAAAUGGUUUAAAAAAAAAAAAAAAAAAAAAAAAUUAAGAA